AUGUCAAUGGUUUCUCCUUCUUCAAGAACUCAAACGUCACCGCGCUCGUACUCCUCAGCGUUUGCGUCCACGUCGGCGACGAAUUUCUCUCCUGGAACAUACUCCUCCGCGAACGCUAGAGUGCAGCGCAACCUUCCAUCAUCUUCAUCAUCGUCAUCGGUGAGAUUCUUGGCAGUGGAGCAGAGAGCGGAGUCUCCAGUGCGGCGCUCAAUGACGGUGACGACGACGAGUCAGACGAAGAAGGAGGCGGCGUCCUCGUCGUCGAACACUGAGAGCGAGAAGAGGAAGUGCAUGUGUUCUCCAACCAUGCAUCCUGGGUCGUUCCGAUGCGCGUACCACAAACAGUUAGCGGAGAGGCAGCAGCAGCGGCAGCAACAGGAGCAGCGGCAGCAGCAGCGGCAGCAACAGGAGCAGCGGCAGCAGCAGCAACAGGAGCAGCGACAGCAACAGGAGCAGCAGCAACAACAGCAACCGCGGCAGCAGCAAACGAUGCCGCUAAGCGGUAGAAAACUGAACCUUCUGAGAUCUGCGAUGAAGAAUUCGGUGGUGAGGAGGAUUGGAGGAGUGGACGGGGAGAUUGUCCGGAGAGCCUUGACGACUCUGAUUAGACCGUCGUCACACUACUUGCAUCGCCGUGUAGCAUUUCAGCCCAGGCCCACUCGGCUCUCCCUCAUGUCCAAAGCCCAAGACCAAUCAAUUCUCAAUAAUAAACAAUAA